AUGGCGGGUGUGCGCGAGUGUGCUGACGAGACAGUCAGCCGCGCGCUGCAGGCUGUUGAAGAAUCGCCGCUGGAGCUGGAGGCACCAACUGUCCCAAGGCAGAUCUGCCCACCAAAGCGUCUCACAGGCAACGCACCCGGCCACAAAGUGACCGGACCCCGAGAAUUUUUCCGGAUAGAGCUGGUGAAGGUGCUGGACACCGCCUGCAUGCAGAUCUCAGAACGGUUUGAGGGCGCUGGUGGCUACCUGCAGUACUGGCGCGAUAACCCGGCGCGUGGCCUCCGGGACGGCCACAAGGAGAUCCUGUUCGGCAACUACCGCGACAUCUACCUCUGCAACAGUGCGUUUCUGCUGGAGCUGCAGAGGUGCCGAGCCGACCCUCUGAGGGUGGCCAAGUGUUUUGUCGCCCACCAGCUGAGGUUCGACGUGUAUACCGACUACUGCACCCACUAUCCCAGGGCGAUGUCGCUGCUGACGGAGCUGAUGCGCUCGGGCACAGAGACGGCGCGCCUGCUGCGGGACCGGCAGGAGGCUCUGGGCCACACUCUGCCGCUCGGAUCCUACCUGCUGAAACCCGUCCAGCGCAUCCUCAAGUACCACCUGCUGCUGCAGAGUCUGCGGACGCACAGCGCGGCGUCACCGGAGUGGCAGCGCGCGGCCACAGACGAGGCUCUGCGCUCCAUGCGCGCUCUGGCUGACCACAUCGACGACAUGAAACGGCGCCACGAGUCGGCCGUGCGCGUGCAGGAGGUGCAGAGCCUGAUCCGACUGUGGCAGGGCGAGGACCUGACUACGUUCGGAGAGCUGGUGGCCGAGGAGACGUUCCGCGUGCCCCGGGCCAAGGUGCCGAGACAGGUGUUUCUGUUCGAAAAGAUGCUGCUCAUCACAAAGAAGCGGGACGACGGUACUCUGGUGUACAAGACGCACAUACUGUGUUCGAACCUGAUGCUCAUUGAGAGCGUACCGGGGGAGGUGGACAGCCUGCAAGUUUUACCAUUUGACGAUCCCCACGAACAAUACACCCUGCAGGCUCGAAGUGUCGAGUCGAAGCGGCAGUGGGCGCUGCGCCUGAAGGGAGCCAUACUGGAGAGCUACGGACAAGACAUACCCAAACACGCCCGAGAACUGGUCAUGAAGCUCGGCCAGCACCGGGAGAACGGUGCGGCGCUGCGGCGCCGGCUCAGUCGGCGCACCCACUCGGUACCCGAGUACCUGGAGCGGCGCCGCUCGGUGAAGAGGACCACCUCAGCCGCCGCCAGCGUGCUGCCGCCGCAGCUGCCGCAGCUGACAGCCGCGCAGCAGCGCCAGCGACGGCGGGCCCAGCAGCAGCAGCAGCAGCAGCAGCAGCAGCGGCACGGGCAGCCGCCCGACUGGGGUCCGGCCGACCAGCAGCAGCAGCAGCAGCAGCACGACUGCUCAGCUGCCGCUAGUGGGAAGAGCACACCGCCGUGCUCGCCCUGCGCUGGCGCGGAGCGCGCCUCGACGUUCCUGCCGGACUUGGACGAAGAGGACCUCGAGGAGUCAGCCGGCGGCGGUCGCGGCUCACCACACCCUUCCACGUGCACCUCGGCGUCCUCGACCACCCCUUCUGCCGUCCCAGCCGCCGCCGACAACGGGCACCAGCGCCGCGACGACCAGACGAUUGUGGAGCAGCUGGUGCUGCAGCACAAACACUUCCAGCGGCUGUGGGAGAAGCCGCGCCGCGAGGUGCGCCGCAGCCCCACCUCGUCCAGCGACUCUCCCAGCGAGCGAGAGCCCGACUGGAGCCCGUACCUCGCCGAGGCGGGCGGCCGCAGUGACUCGCCGCCGGCCGCUCCCGCCGCUGACACUCGGCGCGGGGAGGUGUCUCCAGCUCCGAGCGCCCGACAGGGCGCUGAGGCAGCAGACCCUCCGGACGCGUCCAGUGACGGUGAGGGCGGCGAUCGGGCGGCGGAGCUCGCCGCAGAAGAGGACAAUAUGCCCGAGCUGGUCAGCUGGAACGAGUUCACGCUGACCACGGUGCGGGGUCCCGACGAGCAGCCGUCGGCCGCCGUCUCUCCCCGCACCGGCCUGCGGCGCGCGCAGCGGCCCCAGUCGGCCAUCACCAUCGAGAGCCGGGACAACGUCGAGUACGUCAGCCUGUUCGACUACGGCGCCCGGCCGCUGUCGAUGGCUGGAGGACCGCCGCUGGAGGCGCCCGCGGCUCGGGCGGAGCCGCAGCCGCGCCGCACAGUGACCCAUCGGCUGAGCGAGCUGCGCCAGAGCGGCCGCGCCGAGCUGCGCCAGUUUUUCGGACUCUUCAGGAGCAAGUCGCUGAGACUGAGCCGGUACUUCGAGGACAACGGAAAAGGGCCGUCACAAAGGGACGUCAGGCGGAGGGACGUUGACUCGUCCUCGGUGGCGAGAGGUGAAGCGGUACCCAAGGCGGCUCCAAAGGCUGCUGCAGAGCCGAGACAAAGGUCUACGUGGUACUGCGAGCUGAGCGAGCCGCUGGAGGGGGACGGCCAGCCGCAGCCAGCCGCUCAGGACGAGCCGCAGCGAAUACCUGGGGACGAGCCGCGGUCGCAGCGGUCGCAGCUGAGGUCGUUCGGCUCUCUGCGCGUGCUGCUGCGGCGCUCCGGCAGCUCGGCGGGUGCCGAGAGGAGCCGCUGGCGGCCGCUCUCCCAGCUCAUUGACGUAAGGAGCCGGCGGCCACCCUCCCAGUCUGUGGACGGGAAGCGCCGGCGGCCGCUCUCGAUGGUGAACGGAAAGAGCCGGGGGCCGCCGCUGGCCUCAGAGGUCCACGCCGCGAGUCUGCAGCGUCUGCCCGGCUCCGGAGGGCAGUGGCAGCGCUCAGGUACCGCCAGCCCGCGCCAGUCGCCGGUCUCAGCGGCUCACUACCUGCAUUCAGCGCCCUCUCUGCGGGGUGCGGAAAGUCACAAGUGUUUGCCGGCGCCGCUGGAGGGCAGCACGGAUCGGCUGCGCCAGCGCCUGGCCCACCUGCUGUCGGGCGGUGGCGGGGACCGCCCGCCACCAGCCGGGGACGCGCUGGGCGCCCGGCUGGCCGCCAGCGGUCCGCUCGAGUCGCCGCUGCUGGCCGGCCCGCGGCGGUGCCAGCCGGCCCUCGGCAGUAUGACGUCACUGGCCAGUAACCAAUCAUCUGCGAGCGACAGCGGCUCGGAGACGGCAGAGCGCUGCACGGACGGGUUUUAUGAGAUGAAUAUGGAGAUUCUGGAGCACGUCAGUGUCGGGAUGUGCUUCUGAUGUGACUGCCUUACGACGAUCCUCCCGACGCGCCACUGACCAUAAGAGCAGGCUCCCCUUUGAGCCGUCCUACUGCCACAUGCCCUGUGAUUCGAGGUUGGCGCAUUGCAGCGGUGCAAUCAAGUAGUUAGUGAGUUGUGAUUCGAUGCCGAUCAUUGACCAAAUGACUAAAUGUGACGACUAGGCACUAUCCAUUCCGUGUCGCACUGUCGCGUGUAGUCCAGUUCUUUGCGCCGCGCUUUAGGUAUUGCCCGAGCAGGACUCGUAGCUGUAGUUAUGCCAUUCGUCGCCAGGGGCGCUAGGAGUCUAGAGAAAAGUCCGUGGCUAGUUUGUGGCUAUCGUUUUAGUCCCCUGGAUCGUGGCUGCUUUCUCUAGUCAUUCCAUAGGCUGGUUCGUGUCCGCCUCAGAUUAAUGAGGGAACGCUAUGGCAGGGAUUGUGCCACCUACUAGCGGACAUUUUUUACCAAUUUUAAUUGGCGCUACCCGAUUUGAUUCAAGUCAUCGCCUUAGCUGUGCUAAUGACGUGUCUUGGCUGGCAGCUCUUUAGAGAGGCUGGCCGCCUGGCAGACAAGAACCUUAGGGUUGCAUGCUAGAGAGUGCUUCAUUCUGACAUGGUCACUUGUGUACGCAUAUGAAUGUGAUGUAAUGUGAUUACUGGACAGUAGGUAUAUGACGUACCACUUUCAUGAACAUGUGCUCGAUCAGGUAUAAGCCUUAAUACAAUAUUUAAACAUGCA